AAGUCAUAUCUUCCGUCAGGGGUUCAUCGGCACCCGGCGCACGACUUGUAAAGUACGCGUGUCGUUCACAGUUUGUACCCAAUGGCAGAAGCUGACGCCACCCCUCCCACCCAAAGCCUUGAGCCUCUCUCGGCCUCUGCUGCCGCUGCGACACAAGCUCUGGACCCUGUGAUGGAGGGGGAGAUGCAGGCGGCGGCGGGGGCGCGGGCGACGCCGUGGUCGCGGCUGAGCUGCGACCUCGUCGAGCUCAUCUUUUCCUACCUGCCACUACGGUCGGUCGUGGUUGCCGGAGCCGUCUGUAGGCAGUGGCGCGCCUUGGUCUCGGACCCCGGCUUCGCCGCUGGCGCCGCAGCGUACCGUCGGAGGAGGCCCUGGUUCUUCCUCUACGGCCAGAACAACGUCGUCCUCAGCAAGAACCAGGCGUUCGGCUUCGACCCGGACGACGGCGAGUGGAUCGCCCUCCCGUCGUCGCCCUCCGCCCUCCACGUGGACUGCUUCGCUGGCGCCGGCGGGUUCUUCUUCGCCACCACCUCCUCCACCCGCUUCUGCUACGCGCCGCUCCUCCGCGGGCCCUGGCGCGAGACCUCCCCGCUCUUCUUCUCCCGCUGCAACCCCCUCGUCGGCGUCUUCUUCGCCGCCGGAGGCCACCGGCGGUUCGUCGUCGUCGGGGGAGCGCGAUUCAUUGGUGGGCUUGUCGACAUCGAGGACCCCCUCGCCGUGGAGAUCUACGACCCGGCGACCGACUCGUGGGAGCUCUGCCCCCCUCUCCCGCCGGAGUUCCGCAUCGGAAACUCGUCGCAGUGGCUCUCCGCCGCGCUGCUGGGUGGCCGCUUCUUCUUCGUGUUCGGAAUCUACUCCUGCUCCAUCGCGGCCUUCGAUCUAAGUAGCCGCGCCUGGACGGGAGUCCGGGUCCUCCGGCCGCCGGGGGUGCUCUUCUCCUUCCUCCUCGCUUGCGGCGACAGGCUCAUCCUCGCCGGGCUCUGCAACACGCCCGUGGGGCCCCCCUGUUUCGCCCUGUGGGCCGUCGACCACUGCUCCAUGGACUUCGCGGAGAUCGGCGUGAUGCCAAGGGACCUCCUUUCGUGCCUCUUCGACACCGACGACGACGACAACAAGUUCGCCAGCCUCAAGUGCGUCGGCCUGGACGGCCUCGUCUAUGUAUUCAACGAAGACCACCACAAGGCCUACCCGGCCUGCGUCUGCGAGAUCUCCGACGGCUCCACCGCGAAGCGUGCCGACUCUACCUCGGGGCUGAACCUGAGCUGUUCUUGGAGAAAGGUGCCACCUUUACCUGGUCCCGUGGAUCGAUUCCACAAGGUGAUAGCUUUCUGCUCCCCUGUUCCGGCAGACUCUGUGCUCGGCGGCGGUGUGGAUAGAGAGCCGUGACGCUUCAUACGCAGGUUGUUUGGGAUAGUUCUCUGUUGUCGUCUCUCUCAAAUCAGCAGGAUUGUUCUGUGUCGAUGGAUAAUCUUGCUGUAGUCUCAAGCAAUUCCAGUUGUUGAUUUGAAGUGUGAUUUCUGCUCCGACGGGAUUGUAAUCGAUCAAUAGUUCCUUUUGGAACAGAUAAGAUGUCUAUUUCACAUA